CUGCCCCCCGCCUGCCCUGGCUGGGAGCCUCGAGGGGUGGCGGAGGCCGUGCCGUGACGGGCCUCGCCAUGUUCUGCAGCCCGAUUUUCUUGUGAAACCUUCAAAUAGAAAAAGUUCUUCAGACAAACUUCAUUUGUUCCAGGCAUAAAGGAAAGAAAAGGCUUGCCAAGAUACUGAAGAAGGGACGGAGAUCUCUCCUAAUCUGGGCCUCCUGUCAUGGAUGAAGAGACUCGGCACAGCCUUGAGUGCAUCCAAGCCAAUCAGAUCUUUCCCAGGAAGCAGCUGAUCCGGGAGGAUGAGAAUCUUCAGGUUCCUUUCCUUGAACUGCAUGGAGAGAGCACAGAGUAUGUGGGCCGUGCUGAGGACGCCGUCAUCGCCCUUUCCAAUUACAGACUUCACAUCAAGUUCAAGGAGUCUCUUGUUAACAUCCCAUUGCAGCUUAUAGAAAGUGUUGAAUGCCGAGAUAUAUUUCAGCUUCAUUUGACUUGCAAAGACUGCAAAGUUAUCAGGUGUCAGUUCUCAACCUUUGAGCAGUGUCAAGAGUGGCUUAAGAGACUGAACAAUGCAAUCCGACCGCCUGCUAAAAUAGAAGAUCUCUUCUCAUUUGCAUACCAUGCUUGGUGCAUGGAGGUCUACGCCAGUGAAAAAGAGCAACACGGAGACCUGUGCAGGCCAGGGGAACAUGUAACGUCAAGGUUUAAAAAUGAAGUGGAGCGGAUGGGUUUUGAUAUGAACAACGCCUGGAGGAUUUCUAACAUCAAUGAGAAGUACAAGCUGUGUGGUAGCUACCCACAGGAGCUCAUAGUGCCUGCCUGGAUCACUGACAAAGAACUGGAAAGUGUUGCAGGCUUCCGGUCCUGGAAGCGCAUCCCUGCUGUCGUCUACAGGCACCAGAGCAAUGGCGCUGUCAUUGCCCGCUGCGGACAGCCAGAGGUCAGCUGGUGGGGCUGGAGGAACGCCGACGACGAGCACCUGGUGCAGUCAGUAGCCAAGGCUUGUGCCUCGGACUCCCGAUCGAGUGGCAGCAAGCCGCCGCCGAGGAACAGUCCCCGGGACUUCCCCUGUGCAGGAGACCUCUCUGAUGUGGAGUUUGAUUCUUCUCUGUCAAAUGCUUCAGGAGCAGAGAGUCUAGCCAUCCAACCACAGAAGCUUUUGAUCUUGGACGCACGCUCCUAUGCCGCAGCGGUGGCAAACCGAGCCAAAGGAGGAGGCUGUGAGUGCCCAGAGUACUACCCAAACUGUGAAGUUGUUUUCAUGGGGAUGGCAAACAUUCAUUCAAUUCGGAGGAGUUUUCAGUCUCUGCGUUUGCUGUGCACUCAGAUGCCAGAUCCGGGAAAUUGGCUCUCGGCUCUUGAGAGCACCAAGUGGCUCCACCAUCUGUCUGUGCUGCUGAAGUCGGCGCUCCUGGUGGUGCACGCGGUGGACCGGGACCAGCGGCCCGUGCUGGUGCACUGCUCCGACGGCUGGGACCGCACCCCCCAGAUUGUGGCACUGGCUAAGCUCCUGCUGGACCCCUACUACCGAACCAUAGAGGGUUUCCAGGUCCUCGUGGAGAUGGAGUGGCUGGAUUUUGGCCACAAGUUUGCUGACCGGUGUGGUCAUGGGGAGAACUCGGAUGAUCUGAACGAGCGUUGCCCAGUGUUUUUGCAGUGGCUUGACUGUGUUCAUCAGCUUCAGAGGCAAUUUCCAUGCUCUUUUGAGUUCAAUGAAGCAUUCCUUGUGAAACUGGUGCAGCACACCUACUCCUGCCUCUUUGGGACAUUCCUGUGCAACAACGCCAAGGAGAGAGGGGAGCAGCACACGCAGGAGCGGACGUGCUCGGUGUGGUCACUGCUGCGGGCGGGCAACAAGGCCUUCAGAAACCUGCUGUACUCCUCGCAGUCGGACGCCGUGCUGUAUCCUGUGUGCCACGUGCGCAACCUGAUGCUGUGGAGCGCAGUGUACCUGCCCUGCCCGUCCCCGUCCACCCCUGUGGACGACAGCUGCGCGCCGUACCCCGCCCCAGGCUCCAGCCCCGACGAGCCGCCUCUGAGUCGGCUACCAAAGACCAGAUCAUUUGACAAUCUGACCACCGCCUGCGACAACACAGUGCCUCUGGCCAGCCGGCGCAGCAGUGACCCGAGCCUGAAUGAGAAGUGGCAGGAGCACCGUCGCUCACUGGAACUGAGCACCCUGGCUGGUCCUGGGGAGGAGCCCGUGGAGCCUGACAGCCUGGGGAAGCCAACCAAAGUGCUGGGUGGUGCCGAGCUGUCUGUUGCGGCUGGAGUAGCUGAGGGGCAGAUGGAGAACAUUUUACAAGAGGCCACCAAAGAGGAGAGUGGGGUAGAGGAGCCAGCCCACAGGGGGUUGCAGGAGGUCAAGGAGGAGGCUCUGUUGGAAGAGGGGAGCAGGGGUAAGGGCCCCGAGGGCUCAGCUCGUGAACUUGAUCAGCAGCCAGAGGUUGGUGAGGCUGCCCUAAGGAGCCAUCCAGGCAGCAGCCCUCCUGGGCUCUCUCAGGGUGCUCCUGAGCAGGGCGGGCCCACUGUUCUCCCCAGUUCUCUCCAGGAGCCGCCCAGGGGAGAGGGUACCCAGGAGGUCCCUGUGGCACCGUCUCAGAUAGGAGCUGUGGCAGAGGACAGGCAGGAGGCAGCCCUUCCCGUCUCAGCAGAUGUGGAUGUUGACUCUGGUACCUCACCAUCAAGUUCUCUGCCCUCCCAAGUUCCAUUUGAGACCAGAGGACCAAACAUGGAUGGGUCUGUGGACAUGUUAAUGGAAGAUAAAGUGAAGUCAGACAGUGGGCCUCAGGGCCAUCAUAGACCUGGCCCAGUCCACAGGGACCGGCUCAGUAGCAAGGACGUGCUUCCUCCAGCUGUGGAGCCCAGGCCUAUGGAGAGAAGCCUGGUGGAGACACCCCAGCUGGGGCCUGUGGUGCGCAGGACUUCCCUUGGCGGUGCCUGGAGCCCAGCACAUUCUCCUAGUGCCUUUCCUUUAGCCGAAUGUAAAGAGGGGCUUGUGUGCAACGGUGCCCCAGAGGCUGAAAAUAAGGCCUCGGAGCAGCCCCCAGGGCCUACUACCCUCCAGAAGUACCCCACCCCCAAUGGACACUGCGCCAAUGGGGAGACCAGGAGGAGCAAGGACUCCCUGAGCCGCCAGCUGUCGGCCACAAGCUGCAGCUCUGCCCACACACACGCGAGGAGCUUGCACCCCAAGUGGCUGCACGGCCACUCGGGGAGGCCGUCGGCCGCCGGCAGCCCUGAGCAGCCUUCCCGCAGCCACCUGGACGACGACGGCAUGCCUGUGUACACAGACACGAUCCAGCAGCGCCUGCGUCAGAUCGAGUCGGGCCACCAGCAGGAAGUGGAGACCUUGAAGAAACAAGUCCAGGAGCUGAGGAGUCGCCUGGAGAGCCAGUACCUGACCAGCUCCCUGCGCUUCAACGGGGACUUUGGGGAUGAAGUGACUUCAAUUCCCGACUCGGAAAGCAAUCUGGAUCAGAACUGUUUGUCUCGCUGCAGCACAGAGAUUUUCUCUGAAGCCAGCUGGGAGCAGGUGGAUAAACAGGACACGGAGAUGACCCGUUGGCUCCCUGACCACCUGGCCGCCCACUGCUAUGCGUGUGACAGCGCCUUCUGGCUUGCCAGCCGGAAGCAUCACUGCAGGAACUGUGGGAAUGUAUUCUGCUCCAGUUGUUGUAACCAGAAGGUUCCAGUUCCCAGCCAACAGCUCUUUGAACCUAGUCGAGUGUGCAAGUCUUGCUAUAGCAGCCUGCAUCCCACAAGCUCCAGCAUUGACCUAGAACUGGAUAAGCCCAUUGCUGCCACUUCAAACUGAAGCUCCGUGACCUGGGCGGGCGGAGGCCAAGCUGCUGCUCCCCUGACAGGCCUACUCAGCCUGGGCAGACCUGGAGGCCCGUGCGCUUUGGGAUGGGGACAUGAACCAGCUGUGCAGAAUGGUGGCACUCUGGGAUGUACCACUGGGUUGUGCUUUUGAUUCCUCCCUUCCCAUCCCACCCCGCAUUUUUUUCCUCUCCAUUUUCUAUCCUCCCUCUGCCUCCAAAAAAGAGAAAAGUACCCUGGUUGUCUUUUUAAAAAAAAAAAAAAAAUUAUUAUUUUUUGAUGGAAGACCAGAGGUUGCCAGCUGUUGAGCGAUGCUGAGCGGUGCUUUGUUCUUCAGGAUGGGAGGAGGCUGGUUGAGUCAGGAAUGGAGGCCUGAGUUAGACAGCGGGGAAUAAAGCCAGUGCUGCCGUUUGUGACUGAUCCUCGUUACCACCGCCACAUCAGAGCUGAGUGGAAAACCAUUGCUUUUGAGGACGCCAAGAGCAUCUGCCCUAAGAGCAGUUCCGUGUGCCCUCUCCCCCUCAAGAGGGGCUGGGCCAGUCCCCCCACAGGCAGAGGAGUGGGGUUGGGAGGGGGCAUGCUCCGGAGGCCCUGAGAGGGCUGGCAGUGGGUGGCUGGCAUCUCCUCCUCCCUGGGAUUCUCGUUCUCUUGUUAACAGACCCAGAUGUCUGGGCCCCCCUCACUGUCAGUGAUCAGCCCCCUCAGCCAGGCCGGCAGCACUUCCCCCCGCCUCAGGCGUCAAACCGGCCAGGGCAUAGCACCCCGCUGCUGCAGUCAGGGCCGAAGUAGGCGCUGAGCCCGGGGGGCACCUGAAAGCCCCCUCCAGGGCCUGGACCCCCAAACACUCUCUUCCUCAGCCAGCACAGGGAAGUCCAGACUCAGGGUUCCCGAGAUGCCCCACUCCCAAACAAUCGUGGAUCUCCCCCUUGAGGGGUAGAAUCGGCCUCUCAGAGUGCAAGCGUCUGGAAAGGGGGAGUGUGUCCCACAGAACCAGCCUUCCUCCACCGCCCCUUGGAGCAGCUGGCAGGGCCCCGCCAUUGCCCGGUCCUGCUGUGUGCUACUUGUCAGCCGCGAGGGGCGACGUGGUGACUGCAGGGUUCCUUAGAGAAGGGACACAGCCCGUCGGAACUGCGAGGCACCUCUCCUCAGCAGGCUUUGAUGUGGCCCUCAAAGAGCCUUAAAUCAGGGUUUGUGGUGGAGGUGGGCAUGCAGAAGGGUGGAGCGGAGUUUAGGUUUGUGCUUUGGGAUCUUGGUGUCCACGUUUUGUGCCUGCCCUCUCUCCCGGGGGAAGGGCCAUCUAGGCUCAGUGAAAAGCUGCUAACUGGUAACAGGGCAGAUUGUGGUGAGCAGUGGGGGUGCGGCCUGGGAACUCUCCUGACCCUUUGGGAGCGGUUCCCUGGCGAAGGGCAAGUUGUGUCUCAGGAAGGUGGCUCCUGUGUGCCUGGGUGUAGCCAAGACUUGGCCCGGAAGCCUUCCCUGGAGCUGUCAGUCCAGGCAAAGCCAAGGGUACCUGAGCACGUCUGACUUUCCAGUGGCAGCAAGCUGCUCAGAAUUUGUAUUUAGUGAAACAGGGUGUAAGUUCUCCACACUCUUGUGUGGUCAGGCCUUGCAGGUUGGGAGAAGUCAGUCUAAUUGAAGAUUGUGCAGUUCCUAGUGACAGGUGCCAAGAGGUAAUGAUUACGGGUUUCUUGGGUCUGAUGUACAGUGUGAAUAAAUGCUUGCAGCUCUUAGCCCUUUUUUGAUCAAUGAAGCACUUUUUUAUUAAUAUUUUUCUUUGUAUGUAAAGGAGGAACCGUAACUCUCCGUAGCUGUACAUAUAACCCUUUUCUCCUAAAGAGGAGUCAGUCAGCGCUCCUAUAUUUUUCAUUUUUUGUCAAAAGCAAGAAGUAAAUACUUUAGAACUGUUAAAUAUAUAAAUAAAGUGAAUAAAGUUUAGUGUUCCGCAUGGUAGCAUUUGCUA